UCCUCUAAAAUUUCACCUGCGGUGGCUUCUCUGUCCACAAUGUCUCCUGGACUGUCCUCAUUGCCAUCUACAGUGACACCUGCCGUGGCUUCUCUGUCCACAAUGUCUCCUGGACUGUCCUCAUUGCCAUCUACAGUGACACCUGCCGUGGCUUCUCUGUCCACAAUGUCUCCUGGACUGUCCUCAUUGCCAUCUACAGUGACACCUGCCGUGGCUUCUCUGUCCACAAUGUCUCCUGGACUGUCCUCAUUGCCAUCUACAGUGACACCUGCCGUGGCUUCUCUGUCCACAAUGUCUCCUGGACUGUCCUCAUUGCCAUCUACAGUGACACCUGCCGUGGCUUCUCUGUCCACAAUGUCUCCUGGACUGUCCUCAUUGCCAUCUACAGUGACACCUGCCGUGGCUUCUCUGUCCACAAUGUCUCCUGGACUGUCCUCAUUGCCAUCUACAGUGACACCUGCCGUGGCUUCUCUGUCCACAAUGUCUCCUGGACUGUCCUCAUUGCCAUCUACAGUGACACCUGCCGUGGCUUCUCUGUCCACAAUGUCUCCUGGACUGUCCUCAUUGCCAUCUACAGUGACACCUGCCGUGGCUUCUCUGUCCACAAUGUCUCCUGGACUGUCCUCAUUGCCAUCUACAGUGACACCUGCCGUGGCUUCUCUGUCCACAAUGUCUCCUGGACUGUCCUCAUUGCCAUCUACAGUGACACCUGCCGUGGCUUCUCUGUCCACAAUGUCUCCUGGACUGUCCUCAUUGCCAUCUACAGUGACACCUGCCGUGGCUUCUCUGUCCACAAUGUCUCCUGGACUGUCCUCAUUGCCAUCUACAGUGACACCUGCCGUGGCUUCUCUGUCCACAAUGUCUCCUGGACUGUCCUCAUUGCCAUCUACAGUGACACCUGCCGUGGCUUCUCUGUCCACAAUGUCUCCUGGACUGUCCUCAUUGCCAUCUACAGUGACACCUGCCGUGGCUUCUCUGUCCACAAUGUCUCCUGGACUGUCCUCAUUGCCAUCUACAGUGACACCUGCCGUGGCUUCUCUGUCUACAACGUCAGGUUCACAGUUGCCAAAAAGGCAAAAUGUGAUUAAAUGCCCACAUUGUUCCCUCACUGUACUAAAAAAGAACUUGAAUAUCCACAUUAACAGAAAACAUACUGACCAUUCGAAAGAUAUUACAAUGCACUCGCAUCUUUCCAGUGUGUGUGUUGAUCCCUCAAAUGGACUGUCAGCAGUUCAAAGAAGUGGUCAUGGUUUCACUAUACCAGUUCAUGUUCAGAGAAAGACGUGGGGCAAAACUCAUUAUGUUAGAUGUGAGUUGGAGGAGUGUCGCCAGUACCAGCUACUUGCUCACCGGAGUGGACACAUGUUUAGUGUCUGUGAACACCUUCGUUCACUGGAUUAUUGUUUUGAGACAGCAUUUGAGGAGCACCUGGAACCGAGAGUCCUUGAUGAGAUGGUCGAGCUUAAAUUCAUUGGAGAGUCAAAGAAGGCAGUUUGUUUGAAAAGACAAAAAAUAGCUCAGACAGCUCAUGCUCCAUUUUCAGUGUUGGUGGCAUUAGGUGAAUCUCAAAAGCAAAUCACUCUCUCCAUACAUGAGCCUACUGUUCAUCACUAUAAUCGCCUUGGGAGAGUAAUGGUAACAUACAAUUCAACUGCAAGUACUUGGCACUGCCCAUGUGCAAAGCCACGAGUGUCUUGUCCUCACAAAAACAUAGCUAAAUGGCACUUAUUCCAAACAAAUAAGAACUUGUUCACAACACACAAAAAAUCUAAAUCUAGUGACGCCUUGGGUUCCCAUCUCUCAGAAGAGCACAUCUUCACCUCCCCAAUUGACCUUCAAAGCACUGUGCAAUAUAUAUAUAAUAAGAAGAAAAUUCCAGCUAAUCUUCCAGAAGCAGCAACCAAAUCAAAGGAAUUUUCAUCAACUUAUCUUCCAGUUGAAACAAUGUGUAUGAUCUGCAGUGGUGAGACUGCACUUGACAUGCCACUGCUGACUACUGCAAAAGCUAAAAUUGUCACCAUGGAAAGUGUCAUUGAGAACAUCUCUACUUACACCAGAAGAUGCCCAGGGUGUAAUAUGAUUUAUAGGUACCAGGAAUGGCAGGAUGGUCUCCACAAUUUUGAUGAUCACGUGCUUCUGAGUCUCGAAUUGUGUCUGUACCUAAGACACAGUUUACAGAACCAUGUAUCAGUUUCCAGGGCUAUAGAUACUUUGGAGCGCCUCCGGAGAAUAAAAUACCCCAACAGAGACACCAUAAUCCAUGGUUAUGGUCAUUUUGAGGCCUUGACAGAUACUGAAUACUUGUAUUCUUGUGUUAACUGUGGUUACCAUCCUCCCGUGGUCAUCAUGGACUUGCACAAGAAGGGUGUUUUUAGCAUGUCAGUGAGUGACCUCAAAGAGCCUCCAGCUGAUUUCGGAGGGGAAGUUGACAUCGAGGAUUUCUGGAAAUCAGUAAAUCUUGAGAUGAUUGCCCGAGGAUUUGUUCCCAGCCGGGCCAAAAAUCCAUUUGCUGUUCAACCUAGCUAUGAAAGGUGGGCUCCAUGGAUUGGAAGCAAGACUAGGAAGGAUAACACUGUAUUGAAUACAGAAUAUGCUAAAGUUGUUACAGCGAAGGUCACAUCAGCUGAAGCUCAAAUGAUGAAUGUCUCAGAGGACCGUCUUGUGGAUGAGCUGAUGAAGCAGAAGGUCAGUGUUGUCCGAAAUCUAUGCAAGGCCUGUAAUAUUGAUUCUAAAGGUUCUCGUAUGGAUCUAGUUUCAAGAUUAAGAGCGGAGAUGCAGAACAGGCAGUCAUAUGACAAAAUGUUCCAGAAAAUCUGGGGAGCAUCAGGUGGCUGGUCAGUUAUCCUAUGCCCACAUGGUGUGGUGUAUAGUAUAAAGUUCAAUUUGAGAGCCGAAAGUCCCAGAGAUUUUGCGGACUUGUUGUUGUCAUGGAAGCACAUUCCUAAUGUUAAUGUCUAUGACUUUGCGCGAGGCUUGGCCACACAUGGUAAUUUGCGAGUACCCACUGCUAUUCCAUUUCAACCUCAUGAAGGGAGACUAGCUGAGCCAACACCAGUGAACAUAAGUUCAGCAAAGAAGGGCAAACUAAAUGUCUCUCUUCCUUGGUUGCUUGAGAAGACAGACAAUUUGAAUACCAAAUGCCAUCCCAUCACAGGAUCAUCUGAGCACUACGUGUUGUAUGACAAACUUCAUGAAUCGAACACAAAAGAACCCCAGGAAGUACUCAGAAGAAUCAGCCUGGUCCCAGAGCUACAGGGUUGGCUAAAUAGUCAAAUAGCAGAACAGUUUUUUGCAAGCUUGCGAAAAAGCAACUAUUUCCUGAACAACAUGGCACCAUCAAUGCAUAUCUUUAUGAUGCGCAACAUAAUUCAUCAUAAGAACACAUCCACAAACCAGAAGCUUCUGGAAGUACAGCUGCAACGUGGUCACAAACCUCAUGGAAUUGAAGAUAUCACCCUGUCUGACUUGGGACAAGCUUUUCUAGCCCCACGAGCCUGUGAAAGAGAAACCGUCAGGCAACAUCCACAUCACAUAAACCAGGACAUUAAAGACUGUGGACCUCAAUGUGAAGCAUUCACCAAGUGUGAAAAUAUUUCAGCCUGUCGAGCAUCUUGGACUUUGGGAAAUCAUCCAGCUCAAAAAGAACUACUAAACUACAUACUGGACAUUGAGAGACCAGGAAAGGAACUGAUCGUUCGAACAACGAACAAUGCUGUCCUAAACCGUGCUGACUUUUGGACACUGGGCUUUAACAGAGACAUGGAGUCAACUAUUGGAAAUGGUUGUUUUGAGUUGAUUAAAAGCAUUGCAUACUCAAAGGGCAAGAACAUUUAUGUAGCUAAUCUUCAUGUUGUACCAACAUGGCUGCCACCAAACAACUGUGAUCCAUUUUUGAGUCUACCUGAAGAUGCUCACUUGAAAGAUGCCCUUGUGAUUCCGAUUUGGAUACCUGGACACUACCAGUUGUGUGUUUUGAAGCCAGCCCAGAAAGUAAUUCUCUUUGUAGACUCUAAGUGUUUUGAGACACCACUCGGAUUUGGUAACCAGAGAUACAAAGCUCUUUUGAGGUUUUUUGAGAAAUUUACUUAAAAUGCGCGGUUGCGCUUUUGUUCAAAAAGGUCACGUUCUUAUGACCUGUCUCUACACUGCAAGGUCAUCUUAUUUCAGGGAUUGUUCAGUUGGAGCUGUUUUUCAACUGUAUGAAGGUUUGUACUUGUUCUAAUGUACUUCAGGUUUCUCAGACCUUUUUUGUAUUCGUGAUGAUUUCAGAUUUAAACACCUUUGUUUCAUUGUGACAGCUUAUGGUCUAAGAAAUCUGUGUGAUCUGACAAUGCUUGCAUGUUCAGUUGUCAAGUAAUAGUCACAGUUCUGUGACUUAUUGCAUGAAGUUCAUAGUAUUGUAUGUUUUGUUCAGAUGUUGUUUUCCUAUAUUUUGCAUGAAGU